AUGUCAGGUGCGGAACUGCAGAUGGAUGAGCGAAAGAUCGGUGCAGGGGGCUGUGUGUCGGCCACUGCUGCUGCUGUUGUGCAUGGUAACCAUCUGGAGACUACCGACAACAACCGAGGGCUACAGAGACCCACCGACAAGGGGAGACAAACAGAGCACACGGUAAGAACAGGCACGUGUGAAGUGGUGGCUCUCCAUCGUUGCUGCAACAAGAACAAGAUCGAGGAGCGCUCCCAGACCGUCAAGUGCUCCUGUUUCCCUGGGCAAGUGGCAGGAACGACUCGCGCAGCACCCUCCUGCGUGGAUGCCUCCAUCGUGCAGCAGAAGUGGUGGUGUCAGAUGCACCCGUGUCUGGACGGAGAGGAGUGUAAAGUCCUGCCCGAUUUCAAGGGGUGGAGCUGCGCUACAGGCAACAAGAUCAAGACCACCCGGAUUUCGGCUUGACCGGGAUCAACUCUGGUAACACUGGAAGGAUGCGACAGGCAUUCAACACCACAGAGCAGCUCCACUGAUCUCCAGCUUUCUUCACGGUUCAGUCUGACAACUGUCCAACAGAAGCCUGUUUGUUUAUAUCUUCUUCUUCUUCUUCUUCUACUUCUCAUGUUUGUACAUAUAUACCACACCACACCAUGCCACUCCAGAGACUGCCAUACUCUCAGCAGGAGGGCACAGCUACAGCUAUAGACACUGACUAUAGGAUCCGUCAUGCCGGGGGAUUCACUGUCCUUUCCGAGAGAGAGACCCAUUUAUCAAGCGGGAGUGGGAGACAGUGAAAGUGAUGUGGCUGCAUGGCUGUGGUCG